CGCGUGGGUACCACCACCUGCCUCAGGAAGUGUGGGAGAUGGGGACAAGGACGGUGUCAGAUCAAGGGUUCCGCGCUCUGAGUUUAGGGAGCUAGUUGCUGUCGGUCUUGGGUCUCACACAGGUGGGAUGGCUCUAAGGGGAGCCACAAAUCCAGGAGUCGAAUCUUGGGCGGCGGGGGGGUGGGGGGGUGGGGAUGACGUUUCUCUAGUGAGAGCUCCAUCAGGUUAGAGUUCAAGGAGAUGGUAUCUCACGGGGUCAAAGGCUGGCAAGGUCAUAGGAUUAGUGGGCUCUCAGGCUGGUGACAGAUGAGCAGCGUCUUUUGAUUUCCUGUUGUCAUGCGUGCUCCUCUCUUGACCAGAGGGAGCCUAGUCACCAUGGAGGACCCGCUUCCCGAACAGACCAUGGAGCAGCUGGAUUCGGCAAAAGAGAGGAGUCCCCGCAGUGCAGGAGGCGACAUCCGUGAGCCAUCUGGGGUCCCUGAGUGCACCCGCUGCCUCACCCUUGCCAAUUCCAAGUUCCAGCAGCGCCACAUGGAGCGGGAGCACCCAGCUGACUUCGUGGCCCAGAAGCUGCAGGGGGCGCUCUUCACCUGCUUCACCUGCGCCCGCUCCUUCCUCUCCUCCAAGGCCCUGAUCGCCCACCAGCGCAGCCACAGUCCUGCUACCAGGCCCUCCCUGACGGUUGUACCCACCAUUGCCCAGACCACCUUCCCCUGCCCUGAUUGUGGCAAGACCUUUGGGCAGGCCGCUUCUCUGAGGUGGCACCGCCAGGUGCAUGAAGCUCGCUUCCCUCCUGGCCCCUUUGCCUGCACUGAAUGUGGGCAGGACUUUGCCCAGGAAGCUGGGCUGCAUCAACACUACAUCUGGCGUGCCCGUGGGGACCUCUGAGUGCAGCUUCAGCCCUCCCCAGGGCAAAGGGGGCUCUGUGGUUGGUGGGACCUUUAAUAAUGGGAUGGGCCCUUAGAGGAAUUUGAUGGAAAGGCAAAGGGCUCCUGAUAAAUAGAACCCAGAAUAUGCUCUUUAGAGCUUCAGUCCUUGGAGGACAGAAAGGCCUUUGGUGAAAUCAGACAAUCGAGAGAUCUUUUGUUAAAAAAUAUAUGUAAGAGGGAAAAUUAUUUUUAUCUCCCUCAUUCCCACUUAAGUAGUUUGAAAUCACAAGCAGCUGUGGAUUGUGUAAUCACCUUUAAUUCUUCCCAGAUGGAUGCCAUGGGCCUUAGGAGCAAAUUGCCCUAGCUUUGUGCCUGACUGGGGGCCGGGAAGGUGAGUGUUGCUGGCCUGUGAAGCCACCAGAUGGGUCCCAGACAUGGAGCAGCUCCAGCCUUUGGGGAUGGGCAGCAAAGUUAGGAGCUGUACUGAGUAAUGUGGGGGUGCAGUUCAAAUCUGUCUUCUCCCGACCCUCUCCCAGCCUUUCCCACUCGAGGGGCCAUGGCAUUGGGUGGCUUUGUCCUCCCACCCCAGAUAAUUUAAAUAAUUUUAUGCACCAUUUUGGUCAUGGGAUAUUUUGUAUAUGUUAGGUGACAUGAAUAAACUAACAGAAAUAGUAUCUAAAAACAGAAAAGCUCUACAUUAAGAUAGCUAAACAAGGAACUCUGGUUUUUCAGCAGAAAUCCCCAGAGUACAUAAGAAGGGCAUGAGGAACGGGAUAUCAGGCCGUAGCCCUAUGAGGAAACUGGUUUGGAAUCAAACAGAGAUACCUUCUGUCUCCUGUUGUAGUUGGCCAACAUUGGGAGAUUUCCCAUUAAGAUCCUAUUUUCAGCUCUUGAAAAGCCCAUCCUUAGCUGAGUGGCCAAUUUAACUCCUUGCAUUACCUGCCCUGC